GGACCACUGCUCAACCGAAAACAUCGGUGAACCACUAGCUCAUCAGCUCUGAGCAAGUUGCAUGAAAUUUCUGACUCGCUAUCCUUCUUACGUAGCUAAUGAUUGGUUCUCCAGUGCGUUCAAGUCGGUCAACUUGCCACGCCCUCAUCUUCUGACACGCUGAGUCCUCUACGCUUAGAUACCGAUACUAGAAACAAUGGCGCAGAUAGCGCUCAUGAUAUCAUCUAUACCCACCAGUCAUGGUAUCCGACAAGAGAGUUCAACUAUAAAUAAUGGUCAACAAUUGGCCUUUUUAGUUUCCAAACAGUGGAUUCCCGGUUUGCCGUACAGAAGUUGUUUCCCGAGCUGAGAUCUCCUUUCUAUCAGACUUAGUAUCUCGACUACAGAAGAAUGCCGAGCUCGAUCCAUCCGAGACGGGGCGAUAGUGUGAAUCACACUUCCUCCAGAAAUGUAUCGACCAUGUCGACCACUCCGAUAAUGCAAGGCCUAGCAGGUCGCAUACGGGGCCAGCCUGGAGGGAACACGGCCCCCAUCGUCCGUUCAGAGAAGGGACAGUUGCCUAUGUUACACGUACCCCAUACAUUCCAAAAUAACUUCGUGGCCGUUGUGGGAGAGUUUGUCGGAACCUUCAUGUUCCUCUUCUUCGCAUUUGCUGGUGGCCAGGUAUCCAAUACCCCCAAGCCGGCUGAAGGAGCGCCACCAAAUACCGCGAACCUCCUGUAUCUCUCGCUGACUUUCGGAUUCUCUCUCCUUGUCAAUGUUUGGACGUUUUACCGUGUGACGGGUGGCUUAUUCAAUCCAGUGGUCACUUUAGCCCUCUGUCUCUGUGGAGGCAUGCAUCCUGUUCGCGGUGUACUAGUCUUUGCUUCUCAAAUCGUGGCGGGGAUUGCAUCAGCGGGUGUGGUCAGUUGUCUAUUCCCAGGACCUCUAAACGUCCAGACCAGGCUGGGCGGUGGCACUUCAAUCUCCCAAGGCCUGUUCAUUGAAAUGUUCCUGACGGCAAACCUGGUAUUUGUCGUGAUCAUGUUGGCUGUAGUUAAGCAAAAGUCAACAUUUCUUGCGCCUGUUGGAAUUGGCCUGGUCCUGUUUGUGAACCAACUAGUCGGGACCUACUAUACCGGUUGUGCCCUCAACCCGGCCCGUGCCCUUGGCCCUGACGUGAUCAACCGCAGCUUCCCAGGAUAUCACUGGAUCUACUGGGUAGGACCGUUGCUGGGGUCCCUCCUUGCGUGUGGAUUCUAUGGCUUUCUCAGCAUGUUUCAUUAUGAAACUGUUAAUCCAAGCCAGGAUUUCAAUCAGUGGGAGGCCGCUGCGGGCCCCGGCCCGUGGCACGAAGUGAUAAACUGGCACGUUGAUGGGCCAAACCCUUCGCACUUACCAAGCGAUCAGUCAACCCACCAUCCAACUAGUGCGGCGAAUACUGACAGCAACAGUGGACCAUCUGAUAAGGAAUAUGGUAAUGAGCAGGUGUAAAGUGGUGUCAGCGGGAGCUCAAAUCACUACAGCAUCCAAUAGAUGGCCUGGCGGACCUCCUGUGCACCUAGAUUCCUCCACGAAAUGAGGUUGAGACGCUUAUUAUAU